AUGGUAUUUAAAAUGUCUUCGAACCCCGAAACCAACACAAACUACCCACCCUAUACCCCCAUCUCCUCUCUCGGCCGCGAACUGGGCAUUACCUUCGCCUUCAUCGGCGCGUGUUUGGUCACUAUAGCGAUCUAUUCUAUUUUCUGGCGAGCGCAACAACGGCGCAAUGCUGAUGAAGAUCUUGCCCGUCGGCGCGCGUUUCAUAGUCGUCUUGCGCCAGAGGAUUUACCGCUGGGGACGACGGCGAGUGUUACGACUGGGCAUUUGGGACGAGGUCGGGUGCGUGAGAAGAUGAUGGAUGGGCUGCUUUUGCCUGAAGAGAGAGUUGAAGGGAGUCGGGGAGGUGUUGGGAUAGCGGAGCUUUUAUGA